AUGAGCGACGUGCCCAUUGAAAUAUAUGCGCACCGCGACAAGCUUCAUGCACGCACCACAGAACGCGAGCGCAACAGGGCGGCCGCGUAUAUCAGGCGCAGACGUGCGCAGCUCGAGACACUCCAGCAGGCAGAGAGGCUCAGAGCAGCUGGCGCAGCGCAUGCAGCCGCCGUCUUUGGUCCAGGCUACUCGGGUCUUGGCGGAAACAAAAGCACUGAGGGCAAGCCCCGCAUCCUCUAUCCAAAGGAGCGCAAAAGACCGCGGUCGCAUCUCAAGGAAAUAUUCUUUACGCGUGCACAGUUCAGGCAGGUUGCCCUCGAAGAGGAGGUACUGGUGCCCAUCCGCCUGGAUUUCGACUCGGAAAAGUAUAAGCUCCGCGACACGUUCACUUGGAACCUCAAUGACCAUACCAUCCCCAUCGGCUUAUUUGCGGACCACCUUUGCGAAGACUACCAGCUCCCCCCGGCGCCCUUUGUGGAAAGCAUUAAGCGGAGUAUUGCUGAACAGCUCAAUGAUUUUCAUCCACACAAAUUCCCAGAGCACGCGCAGCAAACAAGUGUAGUCUCCGACGACAGCUAUACAAGUCACCGCGAUGACGACCUUCGGAUACCAAUCAAGCUCGAUAUCACAAUCGGCAGGCUCAAUCUUGUGGAUCAAUUCGAAUGGGACAUCAACGCCGAGUAUAAUCAGCCAGAGCAUUUCGCGCAAACAACCUGCCUUGAACUCGGCUUGGCGCAAGAGUUUCAAACAGCAAUUGCACAUGCCAUACGGGAACAGUGCCAGCUCUACACCAAGUCUCUCUUUCUCGUCGGUCACACAUUUGAUGGGCUCGCUGUUGCUGACAGCGAUAUGCGGCAUGCUCUCAUGGACUCCCUGAAUGGCGAUGUCCAGCGGCCAAAACAUCUUCUGGAUGACUUUGCACCCAUCCUCUCUCAAUUACUACCAGAUCAGCUUGAGCGCGUGGAAAAAGAGCGCGAACGUGAGGUCCGACGCAAUCGCCGCCAAACGAGAACCAAGCGCGGACCUAACCUGCCAGACCUCAAUGAUCUUCCAAAGACCUACAGAACGCCAUAUCAUAAUUCAGUGCUC